AUGCCAUACCCAUUUCAACUAGGUUUCCAAGACGCCACUUCCCCUAUUAUAGAAGAACUCCUGCACUUCCACGACCACACAUUAAUAAUUGUAUUCCUAAUUAGCUCCCUGGUACUAUACAUUAUCUCACUCAUACUAACAACCAAACUUACACAUACUAGCACAAUAGAUGCCCAAGAAGUAGAAACUAUCUGAACAAUCCUGCCUGCCAUUAUCCUAGUCCUCAUCGCACUACCCUCUCUACGAAUCCUUUAUAUAAUAGACGAAAUCAACAACCCUUCUUUAACCGUGAAAACUAUGGGUCAUCAGUGAUAUUGAAGUUAUGAGUAUACAGACUAUGAAGAUCUAAACUUCGACUCAUACAUGAUUCCUACACAAGAACUAAAGCCCGGAGAACUGCGGCUGUUAGAAGUCGACAACCGAGUGGUUCUACCCAUGGAGAUAACCAUCCGAAUGCUAAUUUCAUCCGAAGAUGUCCUACACUCAUGGGCCGUACCGUCCUUAGGCCUAAAAACCGAUGCCAUCCCAGGUCGACUCAACCAAACAACCCUAAUAGGCACACGGCCUGGGCUAUACUAUGGGCAAUGUUCAGAAAUCUGUGGCUCAAACCACAGCUUCAUGCCCAUUGUCCUUGAAUUAGUUCCACUAACUUACUUCGAAAAGUGAUCAAUAACCAUACUUUAA